AUGGAUGAAGAUAAUAAUCUAAAAUCAUUACCAUCAGAUGAACUUUGGUUAAAAGUAAUAAACGAAGGUGUAGAAGAUCGUGUAGAAGUUAAUCAACGAAUGUUAAUUGAUAAAAUGUUAGCUCGUUAUUCAUCUGAUUUUGUUAUUUAUCGUGAAUUAAUACAAAAUUCUGAUGAUGCUCAAGCUACUUCAUUUACUCUUGAAAUUACUUGUGAUCCUUUAACUAGAAAACAAACUUAUGAAUCAAUUAAUAAAGAUUAUUUAUCAUCGAAUCAAAAACAAUCAAACAAUACAAUAGAAACAAUUGUACCAUCGAUUGAAAAUCAUUAUGUCGAUGAAAAUACAAUUUAUUCUAAUUCAAACAAGAAUAAUAAUUUAUCAAUUAGUGAAGAUGAUUUUAAUAAUUGUAUAAUAACUGAAAUACGUACAGUAAAUAAUGGUCAUGUAUUUACUGACGAUGAUUGGAAAAGAGUAAUAACUAUAGCUGAAGGAAAUACUAAUGUUGAUGCUAUUGGACAAUUUGGUGUUGGUUUCUUUUCAGUUUUUUCUUAUUCAGAACGACCAAUGAUUCAAUCUGGAAAACAUUGUUUAGCAUUUGUUUGGCAAAAUGGAAAAUCAUUAACAACAUUUCGAAAAGAAUUACCAUUUGAUCAACAAUCAUCAUUAACUUCAAUUAUACUUCCGAUGAAAAAUAAAUAUAUUCUACAAACAAAAUCAAUAUUAGAAAUAAAUGAAAAUAUUAAAAAAACAAAAAUACAUUUAAAACGACGAACAAAAUCAAAAAAAAAUACAAUAACAAAUGAAAUUAUACCAACAUUAGAUUUAAUACAAUUGAAAACAUAUUUUACUAAAGUUCUUUCAUUUACUAAAUAUAUAAAUGAAUUAAUUAUCAAAAUAAAUAAUUCAAUUAUUUUUCAAAUUAAUAAAAUAAAAAAAAAUUUAUCAUCAAAAAAAUUAUUAUUAUCAACAAAACGAUUCAAUUCGAACAAUGAACAACAUAAUUUACUUCGUUUAAAAUCAUUUCUACAAACUGAACAAAUAUUUUCAAUAAUCAAUGGUCCAUCUAUAACACUUAAUCAUGUUGAUGUUGAAGCUGAUGUUAUUAUUGAUAAAAUUUUUCAUAAACAAAUUCAAAGUGUUCUUAAAAAAAGUUUACCUUCUAUUAUACAUUUAGAAUUUUUAUUUCCCUCAAAUAAUAUAUUUGAAGAUGAACAAUGGAAAAAAUUAACAAAUAAUCACAGUGAUAAUGAAAUGUUAAAAGGAUUAAUUCCAUUAAAAAUUUAUGAUAAUGAAAUUAUUCCAUCGGGUCAAAUAUUUAUUGGUUUAGCAACACAUCAAUCAACAGGUAUUGGUAUGCAUGUAUUUAGUCAUUUAAUUCCAACAAUUGAACGUGAAAAUGUUGAUUUACAAGAUCCAUAUAUUUCAAUUUGGAAUGAACAACUUUUAACAUCAAUUGGAAAAAUUAUUCGAUUUAUUUAUGAUCAAACAGUUGUUGAUCUUAUUAAUAAUACUUCACAAAUAUCAAAUCAACAAUUAAAUGCUAUUCUUUCUCUUUAUGCAUUUCAAUCAUCAGCACCUAAUAAAGAUAUUGGUCCUAUUUUACUUGAUGGAUUCUUUUCAUCGGAUAAAGAUAUUCUUGUUCCAGUAAAACGAUCUCCAUCGGAUUUACAUCAUUCCUUAUGUUCAUCUACAGAAGCUUAUCUUACAACUUCAAAACAUAUUCAAACAUUUCUUCCUAUCCCUCUUGUUCCAUAUGAUGUUGGACAAAAUGAUUUUUUUAAAGUAUUAAAACGACAUCAUUGGAUUGAAGAAAUUGAUCAUGAUACAAUUCUAGUAAAAGUUCAAGAAUCUAUUUUACAAUAUAAUGAAUUUAUUGGAUUACUUCAUUGGUUAUGUAGUAAUGAUGUUCAUAAUAAAUCUUAUAUAAAACAAAUUUUAUCCAAAAUACGUUAUCGUGAAACUUAUCAAUCCUCAAUAAUUAAAUUAGAAAAAAUUGAAUUUUAUGAUACUUUGAAUCUAUUAUCUUUACCUCUUCCAUCAAAUGUAUUACCAUCGAAUGUUAUCAGUCAUAUAUCUCGAGAAGAUUUACAUAAACGAUUAUCAUUAUCGAUAAUUUCUAUGAAAAAUUUAAUUGAAUUUUAUCUUGCAGAAAAUCAACAAUAUCUUUUUCAAAAUGAGAAUACAUCUCGUAUUCUUCUUAGUUUUAUAUCUCAACGUUGGAAUCAAUUUAAUGAAAAAGAAUCAAAUAAAAUCAAAGAUAUUUUAUCUAAUUUAAAAUGUAUUUCAACAAAUCAAGGAAUGAAAUCACCUAAUGAAUCUUAUAUUCGAUUAUCUAACUUAUCAGACAAUUUACCAAUAAUUAAAUUUUACAUUCCACAAAUAUCAAUUAAUAAAGAAGAAUCAAAUGAUUAUCCUGUAUCUAUUGAAUUUCUUAAAUCAAUUGGAUGUCGAACAAUACAUAUUCCAACAUUAACAAGUCAAUCGAAUAAUUCAUUCAAUGAUUCAAUAACACUUCAAAAUUUUAUUCAAAAUUUAUUACAACAACGUAAAACUAUGAGUGACAAUGAUCUUCAUGCAUUAAAACACAAUCCAUGUAUUAUAGGUUUGUUU